AUGUGCAAACUGGUCUCCGUCCUCGGGUCCAAUUGUCGACACACACUCAAGAUUGAGUACGUCUUCUGCCGGGAGGCUCCCCGACCCAACCGGUGCCCCACGAUGAUCAGCCGCAUCGAAAGCUCUUCCCUCGACCCACAGAUAUCAUUCUGUUCCAAAUGUGCGGAGGAGUUGAAGAGGAAAAUGACAGCUGACUUUCACGAGGAGAGACGCGAGAUGACCAGGGUAGCCCGCGUCAGGGAUUGGACAGAUGAAGAGAUUAGCGCGGUGAGGAUUGAGUUGCGAGAUCAGCUGUAUGAGAAGCUCAAGUCUGUUAACAAGCCGCUUCCUCCUUUGCCUGGUGGAGAGGGCAGCGCGAGUCUAGAAGGUUAG